GUGCAAAAGGAGCAGGAAUCUAUCUUUAUUGUUUCUAUCAUAUGCUGUAUAAAUGUUUUGGAUUUAAUUUUAGUUGUAAAAAAAUAGGGAAUUAGUAGACAAAAUAUAGUUUCAAGAAAGAAAAUCGUGUUUGAAAUUUAAUAUUCGAUGAUGGCUGCUGAGGACCGUGUUUUUCAGAUGAAGGCUAAAGACCCUUUACUGGACUUAAUAUUGCAAAAAUAUAUGCGAGCUUCGCGAGACUCAAUCAGAGGCCCAGUCGCAUUAAAAGCAGAUGUUAAACCUGUGCCCAAACAUAUUCACGAAAAAAAUGCUUUUAAAAACUUGGAACCACUGGAAGAGGAAUCGCGUUUGAGAUCAACAAAUCUCGAUGGACACACUGUUUACAGUUUUAAUGUUGGUGGAGAAAGGCGAAUAUGCUUUAGUGAACUGGUCCAAACAGUACUAAAAGAUAUACAUGUUCAUGAGAUUUUUAAGAAAAGGGACAAUCUGUUAAUAUUCACAUCAAAAUGCUCACAGAAACAAAUGGAUGAAUUAAAAUAUCACAAUGUUUUGCCUUGGACUACUACAUCGAGCAAUUUGAUCACCAAAAGUGAUGCAUUUAGGUUAUGUGGAGCAUUGCAAGCUCAUAUGGCUCAAAAAGCUGAAGUAAACAUAAGAGGUCCAAUGUCCUUUGAAGUAUACCACGAAUGUUUUGGUGGUUGUAUUGGUGUGUUUGACCCUGAAUUGUACAUUGAAGCUAAUUCUCUGUGCAUUCGAUGCACUGAGUGCAAUGGACUCUUCACUCCGAGAAAGUUUGUAUCACAUAAUCAUACGUCGUUUGAUGAAGUUCACACAUGUCACUGGGGAUUUGAUUCGUCUCGAUGGAGAUGUUAUAUUAUGCUUGUUGAACAAAAAGCUAGCAGAGAACUCUUAGCAUUUUGGGACAAUAUAAAACAUAAAUUUGAUUCAACACAACCAAAAAUUAAAUACACUAAUAUUGAUCAAAAUCAAGAUGCAGAUUUUGUUGCUUAUAUUAAUUCACCUGAUCACAAAAAGGCCAUGAUUUCACCAAUUGAACACUUACGUAACCAAGAAGCAAGGCUUGAAUCUGCAUCAAAAUACCAAGAAACUGGGCAUAAGGAAACUGGAUCAGCCUUCCGGCCAUGGUCACCGAACCUUAGUAGGUCAUUGGUCUCCAAGAGGGGAGAAAGUUCACAUCACCAAAGUAGUCAUUUCUUGUUUCCAAGUUCUAAAAAUGAAGCAGGAGGCAAUAGAAUUCACCCAUUUUCUAACAGUAGUGGACUCUACUCAGGACAUUCUGGUUGUUCGUGUUGUCCGACAGCACCAAUGUAUAUGAACUGCCAGCAAUGUAAGAAUGCCUCGCAUUCCAGUUCAGCACUUAAUAUGACAUCACGUAAAGGGAAUGAAAGGACUUGUGAGGAUGUCAAACCUAAACUCGAACCUAACACUUGUUCAUGUGACCAAUGUAAAACUCAUGAUAUUGAUAAUUUGGAAUUAUCUUUCGAGAAUGUCAUCAAAAACUUCACAUCAAAAGACAUGAUAUUGACAACAACUACUAGAGAUUUAGCUCAUAUUCUCUCUCUUGAGUUAAAACGGUUAAAUAUAUCUCAAGAUGAAAAAAUUCGUGAAAUUUCAAUAAGUAAUCAACGCCUACAAACGGAGUUGCAUUUAGUUAAAAUGGAAAGUCAAAAGAAACUAAAUGAUGCAAGAGAAACUAAGGUCCACAUUGAACAAGAAUUGGAGACAUUACAUCGUGACCGACAGAAGAACAUAUCAAUGUUUAAUCAAAUGAGAUGGGAGUUAUCACGAGAAGUUAGUAAUCGCAAAUCAAUGGGAGACCCAUCAGAAUUAGGAACAUUGCAGAAAGAAAAAGCCUUAUUGAAAGCACAGUUACAGCAGAGUUCUAUUGAACGUGAAAAUUUACAGAAGCAGUUAGAUUGGCACAUGAGUCAAAGACGGAGUAGCAUGGACAAGUGGACCCCAUAUCCUACAAUGGCUAAACAGUUUUCUGAUGAUGAUGAUAAUGAUGACAGAAGAGAAACACAAAGUGAUGUUAAAAGCACUCAUUCAGCAACAUGGCCUUCGGACACACCACAAGACCAAAUGAAAAAGGAGAACGGUCUGCUGAGUCCUGUCAGCAAAUCAAGAAAGCUCAAUUCUUUAAAUACUAGCAGAUCAUCGAAAGACGAUGAAAAUAGUGACAUAGAAGUGGAGGACUAGAUAAGGUACACAGUUUUACCCGGUUGUACGAAGUGGAACAUCGUUCUUCCUGUUCCUGUUGAUUUUAUUGUAACAAACAUAUAUAAUACAUAGUAGAUAAAAUAAGAACAAUUUUAUUUUAACCUGACUUAACUGUACAAAUUAGAAUUAGAAUUAGACUUAACCAAUUAAACUUUGAAAUCUGUAAAAAAGAGACUUCAUAUUUCAGGCUCAUAUUUCUUUUUUUGGGAACGUCUUCAUUAUUUUUAGAAUGAAUAAAAAAAUGUAAGGAUUAGUUGAGUUUUUCUUUUAUUCUACCGAGAUUUUUUUACCUAUUGAUCAAAACAGCUGGAGGUUUGCUGUUGCUAUCACUGACAAAUUCAAUCACUUAUUUUUUCUUCUUAUCAACAUGAUUAAAAUUCUUUUCAAUAGACCUUGUGUUGGGGAGAUCUCCCUCUGACUGCUUUCAGUUAAUCCAUCAAACGACCUUCCCACGAGUUUGUGUAAAUCCUCAACGGAGGAGGGUUAAUUAAGUUUUGAACAACCUCAAUUAACUAAUCACUUUAUUUAUUUGUAGUCUGCUUUGUGAGACAAACUGCCCAGACAUAAAGACUUUUUUAGAAGGAAAUAGCCAUAUGCUCUCUUUUUUAAAUCUUUUCGCAAAGGGAUGGAACAAAAGCUUUUUUAAUUCUUGUAAUUAAUUGUUAUAAUUUUUUUAUUGAAUGUCUUUAAGGAAUAUUUAACCAGUCUAAAUACGUAAAAAGUAUCCGAUCUUUGUUUAUUUCGGAAACGUAAUUGGUUGUGAUAGAAAUGACAGAUUACAUCUAACUUGAAUACAUGUUCACAUCAUAGCUAUUUUUGUUUUCCUGGUGGGAGGUAUUUUUUAUAAGAAUCAUUUAUGUCGUGACCAUAAACAAUAAAAUAUGUGUAGUAUAGUAUAUAUAGUAUAUAUAUAUAUAUAUCAGGUUUUAAGAGAGAAAAAUUAUAUGUACAUUAUCUGUUAUCUUGUUGAUAUUUUUCUAUUUGAAGAGAUAUGAGCAGCUCUUAUGUAAA